AUGGUCCCUACAAGCAAUGAGACUGAAAUAAUUUUCUUGGGAUUUUCCCAUAACCGGGACGUGCAGAAGAUCAUUUCUGUGUUUUUCCUCCUCAUGUACACAGCCAUUGUGCUGGGUAAUGGCCUCAUCGUGGUGACCAUCAUGGCCAGCAAAGGACUCACAUCCCCCAUGUAUUUCUUUCUCGGCUACUUGUCCUUUGUGGAGAUCUGUUACUGUUCUGUCACAGCCCCCAAGCUCAUUCUUGACUCUUUUAUCGAAAGGAAAGUCAUUUCCGUCAAGGGCUGCAUCACACAGAUCUUUUUCCUCCAUUUCUUUGGUGGCACCGAGAUCUUUCUCCUGGUGGUGAUGGCCUACGACCGCUACGUGGCCAUCUGCAAACCUUUGCACUACACCGUCAUCAUGAGCCGUCGUGUGCGUGGCCUCCUGGUGGGUGCAGCCUGGGGUGGGGGCUUGCUGCAUUCUUUUGGGCAAACCUUCCUCAUUUUCCAGCUGCCUUUCUGUGGCACCAAGGUCCUUGACCACUACUUCUGCGAUGUGCAUCCUGUGCUGAAGCUGGCUUGCUCGGACACCUUCCUCAUUGGCACGCUCAUCAUCGCCAAUGGCGGCUCCAUAUCGGCGGUGGCCUUCGUGCUCCUGCUGGCCUCGUACGUGGUCAUCCUGCACUCCCUGAGGAGCCAGACCGCAGACGGCCGGCGCAAGGCCCUCUCCACCUGCGUCGCCCACGUUGCGGUUGUGAGCCUGUUCUUCAUACCCUGUUCCUUUGUCUACCUGAGGCCCUGUGUCACCCUCCCUGCAGACAAGAUUGUUGCCGUGUUUUACACGGUGGUCACACCUCUCUUAAACCCUGUCAUUUACUCCUUCAGGAAUGCUGAGGUGAAAAAUGCCAUGAGGAGACUAGUGAGAGGAAAGUGACUUGGGAAGAGAGGCGGAUGA